AUGAAUAAUUUCCUUGCCCCAAACAGUGAAAUUGAUGAAGGAGAGAAGACAGAAGAAGAGGAGAAAGAAGGAAGGAAGGAGAUGGAGGGAUCAGGAGUCACCAUGACUGGGAGCACAUCUUCUGGUGAUGGUUCUAUGACAACCAGCAUUUGCACAGAGGUGAAUCGUCGGUCUCCAACAACCAGGAAGCCCAUGGAAGAUGAUGAUGAUAUUCGUGUCUAUGAUGUUCCAAAUUCUCCUCGUCAUGGGAGGGAGAUAGAGCAUAUCACCCUAAUUCAUGGUACCCAGAAAGCACUUGAACUCCUGAAAAAUAUCAAGGACAAGAGUGUGAAGCAAAAUGUUGCAAACAAUGAAUCUCCAGCAGCAACUUGCAAUUACUUUCUGGAUAUGUUUCUCGCUGCCCGGAUCCCAAUUCACGAUAUCCCAUCCCGAGGUUGUGAAUUGGGAACAAGGUGGAUGAAGUAUCCUAUGGAUGGGAUAUCCUGCUUGGAUCAUCGCCUCAAACUCUACUUGGAUGUUAAAGUCUUCAACCAUGAGGAUGAGGAGCCCAGAGUCAUUGCACGGGGAGAGGUGUGGUGCAGCAAGUUGACAUCGCUCCAGCAAUCUCUUCUUGUCUUAUCGACCCAUCGUCUCUAUGUCCUUGCAGUGACUCAAUUUGAGAGUGAUGAGCCUGAACAGUGGCUGCGACUAACUGACUCAUUCCUGAAAGAGGAAGUGAGAGGAGUGUCAGGGAUGGUGGGGGAUCAGGGGUUGAUUAUCUUCACAUCUUCCAUCUAUCUCCUCUUCCUUAUCAAGGAUUCAGGGACCUCCACUCGUGUCAUCAGUGCAUUCACAGGCACAGCAGCAAAGUGCUUGACUGGGAAACCUCCAGUUUCCAUACUCCUGAAGCAUCCUGUAGCAUAUAAGCCAGAGGUUCCAAGUGUUUGGAACACAGAAAUAUGUGGAGGGAUCAUGCAGGUUAGAUGUCGAGUCUGCCGGAGUCCCUUGCUUGAUUCAUCUACGACAAAUAUCCUCACUGCCCAUGGUGAGGCAGCACAUGAAUUCUCCUCAUGCUCCACUCUCAUCCUCUAUCUUCAAGAUGAUCAUCUCCUACCUGAUUGGGUCCUGGAAACUCUGAAUCAGGGAGAGUGGAGAAAAGGGAACCUGAAAUGCCCCAGGUGUUCUACCCGGAUUGGAGGGUUUGAUUUCAUUACAGGUAAUAAGUGCACCUGUGGUACUUAUCUCCUACCACCUGUUUAUGUGGUCAAAUCCAAGGUUGACCUUCAAUAGUCCUGAUGUGACUUGAUUGAGAAACUGCCCUGAGACAAGGAAGGUCAUUAGAUAUGAAAGAAAUCUUGUUUCUGUAAUUUCAUGACCAACAAGUGAAAUAAACAAUGUGCAUCUCAUGUACA